AUGGAAAGCGAAUCUCGACUCGAUUCCUCUCGGUACUUGCUCACCUCAGACAACUAUUCGACCUGGGUCGUAUCUAUUGAAGCCAAACUUGAAGACAUCGGAGCUCGGGAGCUCGUCACUGGACUUACCAAGAUCGACGAAAAAACUACCCCUGAUGAACUCAACAAGUAUUCUGUUCUCAAUAAAAAAGGAUACUUGAAAAUUGUUCUGAACCUCGAUGCCGCCAACCUCGCCCUUGUCAGCACCACCUUGCCCGAAGAAGAUCGGUUCAAAGGUCGAGCUUUGUGGAAAUUGCUCAAAAAUAAAUACGCUGGAUCUGAUCUUGUUGCCCGCUCGACUGCCCUCGAUCAUUUUCUUGACCUUGAAUACUCCGAUGUCGGUUCCUUCUGCGCUGCCAUACGACUAGCAAAUCAACGACUAGUCCUCGCUAAUGUUCUCAGAGACGAUCAAGUUAAAAUAAUGAUUAUGCUCCGAAAGCUACAUCGAGGCCAAUAUCAAUCGUUCCGAGAUAUCAUUGCUAUGGGGUUCGCUACUGAAACGUUUGAAUCGGCCGUUAAAAGACUCGAGUCCUACGCCAUCUCGAACAACAUCAAGAAGGAAUCCUUUUCCUCCUCUUCCGAUCAAGCCACGAUGAUGACCAAAGCUAUCGCCUCCAAGUCUAUGGCCUGCACUCACUGCGGCAAGACCGGCCAUCGUCCUCAUAAUUGCUGGAAGAAAUUUCCAGAGAAGGCCCCCAAAACCGAGUCGGCUCAUCUUACUGUUGUCGAUGAAUACAACCAGCUCAAAGAAGUCACCAACUGGUGUACGCUCCCUGACGGUACUCGCAUUGACGCUGACGAGAUCCGUUACGACUACAACCAAGGAAUGUGA